UUAGUUUAUUAGUAUGCGAUAUUAUGCAUCUUAUUCAACCCGCGUUUUCUCUUUUGGCACGAGUAUCCGUCAUGCUCACCAGGGGUUGAAUCGCCAUGGAAAAGCACAUAUCCAGAUUUUCCUUGCGCUAUGUAUGGGCUCAGGGACGGAAAGCUCAAAUUUCAAUGAAACUUUACAAAACGUCACAUCAAUUAAAAAAAGGCGCACUUGAUAUUUUGUUUGAUAUUACUCACUAAGUACUUAGGGGAAUUUUCCGCCUUAUUUGAUGUAAAAUGAGCCUAUUGGAAUCGUCAAGUCAUGUUUUUUCGUCAUGUCAAUCGCCAUGUCUAUGAUCAUGCACAGGUGUUUCUAUAGAAUGAAGAGAAUAUGUGAGAGAUAGCCAACUACCAAGAGGAAAAAACAAUUAAACCGUCAAUACGACCACAAGCAUUAUUAGCGCCUCGACACAAUACUAGGUGCAUGCUGAAUAGCAGCCCUUUUUGGCCGCCCUCGCAUGUUUGUCAUAAUUCUUGGCGAGGUUUAACAAGUCCGAUGGCAAGCAAUUCCUCAUCUAGAACAUGUUUCUUCUUGGUUUAUGACCAUGAGCGUAUUUUGCGGGCUCGAAAUGCUUACAUUGCGGCGGCGGUUUUCAACUGCAUCACAAUGCUUCCCGCCAUUGUCUUGAAUGUGCUACUGAUGAUGGGCAUGUACCACUCGCCUGCUCUCCGAAAGCCCUCCACGCUACUUCUAUACAGCCUAUCUGCGUCGGAUUUGCUCCUCGGUAUGAUCGUACAACCAGGGUAUGUCGCCAAGAAGGUCGGAAGACUUACUGACAGCUUUAGCCUUUAUUGCAAGAGUGGGAUUCUAACUUAUACCAUGGGGGUCCUACUUAACGGUGUUUCGUUUCUGAACCUGACCGCCAUCGCGUUCGAUCGAUUUUUGAUCGUGACUUCGAGAAUACAUUACCAGGAAAAAGUCACAAAACAGCGCGUUAUUGCGACUAUAGCGUCUAUUUGGAUAUUGAUGACAGUUCUUCCCAUCAUUCAGUUCUGGGUUACAAGAGCAACUGCGUUUAUGAUUACAGCAACUUUUAUCAUCUCCUGCAUUGUCAUAACCACGUUAUGCUAUGUGCUGUAUACGCAAAUUAAACCAGCAGAGAAUCUCAAAGAUAUUCGUCAACAGCUCUGAAACCCAAAGAGCGCACAGUACAGCGUGUUACAAGAACUAUGCUCAUCGUUUUUGUGAUAUUCCUCCUUUGUAGUACGCCUAUGCUUAUUGUCUCUGUGACAGGGCCCGUUACUGAUAGCGAGUCUGCAUCUGUGUGGUCAGCGCAUGCUGUUUCUACAGUCAUCAUUUACUCAAACAGUAGCUUAAAUCCUCUCAUUUUGUUUUUCAGAAUGAGG